GCAGCCUUCAUUCAGCACUGCCUGAGUAAGAAGAUUACUUUUGCACGGCUCGUCUAGAUACUCUUUCUCUGUUUCAACAUGCUAAGGAUGCUAAAGCGCCAGCAGCUCCACCCGGGAAUGAUUUUAUUACUCUUAUGGCUCUGUUAUUUGAUUGAAGAUCAAAAAGUGCAAGCUGGUAACUGCUGGCUCCAGCAAGGCAAGAACGGAAGAUGUCAGGUCCUCUACAUGCCUGGGAUGAGUCGAGAGGAAUGCUGCCGGAGUGGGAGGCUCGGUACGUCUUGGACCGAGGAAGAUGUGCCAAACAGCACAUUAUUCAGGUGGAUGAUCUUCAAUGGCGGGGCUCCAAACUGCAUACCUUGUAAAGAGACAUGUGAUAAUGUGGACUGUGGCCCUGGGAAGAAAUGCAAAAUGAACAGGAGGAGCAAGCCUCGCUGCGUCUGCGCCCCGGACUGCUCCAACAUCACCUGGAAGGGGCCCGUGUGCGGCUCAGACGGGAAGACGUACCGGGAUGAAUGUGCCCUUUUGAAAUCCAAAUGCAAAGGGCACCCGGAUCUGGAGGUGCAGUACCAAGGCAAAUGCAAAAAGACGUGUCGUGAUGUCAUGUGUCCGGGAAUCUCGACUUGCGUGGUGGACCAGACAAACAACGCAUACUGCGUGACAUGCAACCGCAUAUGCCCAGAGGUUUCGUCUCCGGAUCAGUACCUGUGCGGCAACGACGGGAUUGUUUACGCCAGCGCGUGCCAUUUGAGGAGAGCCACGUGCUUGCUUGGUAGAUCCAUUGGAGUGGCGUAUGAAGGGAAAUGCAUCAAGGCCAAGUCGUGUGACGACAUCCAGUGCAGCGCAGGGAAGAAGUGUCAGUGGGAUUCCAAGAUGGGUCGCGGGCGCUGCGCCGUUUGCAUAGAGACGUGCCCAGAAAGUCGAUCGGAGGAGGCCGUGUGCGCCAGCGACAACACCACGUAUCCCAGCGAGUGCGCCAUGAAGCAGGCCGCUUGCUCUUUGGGGGUUCUCCUGGAGGUUAAGCAUUCAGGAUCUUGCAACUCUACCAUGUAUUCUCCCAUAUAGCCAUUACUGAAGACCAGGAGGAUGAUGACGAUGAGGACGACCAGGACUACAUGGCUUAUGUCCAAUUAUCACCUGUACUGGAUGGAUAAAGCACCAUCAACCAGUGGAACAGUCCUAGGGCAAGGAAUCAUGUCCACACUGUACAUAUGUGUAUGCUAAUUUAUUUUUCAGAGAAAAAAGAAAGAAGUAUACAUGUAGUUCAGUCUGCUCGAUGUUUAUUUAUACAGUGUUCUGUUUUAUAAUUUAUACAUUUACAGUGUCUGGCUUACUUGUCUAUCAUGUUAUUUUGUUUUCACUUAUGUUGUCUUUCCUUUUUUUUUUUUUUUUUUUUUAUUAUGACCGAGAAAUAUAUUUGUCCAAAGAGAAGCAGUGUUAUUUAUUGUGAGGUAAAAUGCUAUCAUGUAAAGUGUGAGUCUUCUGCAAGCUGUAAAUUGCAUUCCCUGAGCUGUAUAAACGCUUAUCAGUGUCAAUUCUGUAUCACAGAUGUUUAUUUCACACAUACUUGCAUGUUAGCUUGUGAAUUUAUUUAUUGGAAAAAAAAUGGAAACGCAUAGGAAAAAAAAAAAAAAAAAAGUCACUCUUUAAUGUACAUGUAUAUUUUUGGUUUUGUUUACAGCUCAGUGUAACUGACCAAAGGGAUUUUUCUUGAACGUUCUUCAAUGUUUUUGUGAUACGGUGCAGCAGGAUAACAUUGAAAAUGAGCCGUUUCUCAUAUAGGAAAACCCCUGGUGAUUCACUUGUACAAAAUGCCGUCCUUCAUCAACAGCAACAGUUUGACUUUUUGACAAUAGGGCAGAAAAAGCAGUGGGUUAUACUUGUUCGAGAAAACUGUGCCAUGCAACUUUGUCUUUUUUUUUUUUUUUUUUUUUUUCUUGCCAAUAUUCUGCUCUAUAUUGCUCUUGCGGAGCUAAAGAAAAGGUCAUUAAGAGGACUCAGUAUCAAUAUAUAAAACAUUCACUUUUUCACUGUUUUCACUUUGUCAAAAUGCAUUUUUAUUUUCAGACAUCUCAAGAUAAAAAACAAAAUUCAGUUAUAAAUAUAUAGUUUUGUAUUUUUUAUGUAAAUGUCAUAUGUAUAUACAAAGUUUGAUGUAUUUGUACAGAUAUUAAGAGUGAAAUCAAUAAAAAAAAAUACUUAUCAAAUGGUCACUGUGGUGUGGAUAUUAUUAAGAACUGAGUUUUGCCGUUCACCCAUCCAUUUAUUAUUCUUCUCGUUAUUUUGUAAGUAAAUCAAAGCACCCUGGCUCCAUUGCUUAAGCCUUAAAGGCGUUUUAUAAAACGUUUUUAACUGUCAUUCUGAACCUACUGCCAAAAAACUAUUUUUUUUAGAACUACAUCACCAUCGAGCCAAAAUAUUCCCAUAAGGACAUGACUUUAACUUUAGGCUUCUAUCUCUUACAAUCAGUUGUUAAACUCUCUACAAAGCUUGUUUUUACAGACAAACAGGUUCUCUUUUCACUCAGUUACUAGUGACAAAAAUCAAUCAAACACACAAGCCUGCUCUAUAGCGAUAAAGCUGAAAUUUCACUGCAUUAGUCUGACCUCACACUGCACUUUCCUAAUAUGCAAAGCUCCUCGUGAAGUUAUCUGGUGCAGCUUUGCUCUGUUCUCCGUUUCUGAAACAAAUGUAUAAAAUCACACAGGACUUUAUAAGGAGACGGUUUAACGUCCAGAUCAAUUGGGUUAACACUGUCACGUCAAUAACUCAUUCUGACUUUAAAGACUUAAAACAUGAACCAGGUUUUAAUGGUUCCAGGCAGUGAUGUAAAAUGAACAUGGAAAGUGUAGUACCAGACUGUGCUAAUGUGCUAGCAGAGAUGACAGAGUAAAAACGGUCACUGCUUUUUCAAUUGAAAGUCAUUUGAAGUAGGCAGGUGUUUUACUCAUCUGGGCUCAUCCCUGGAGGAGCAUGAGAGUAAACAUAUCUAACCGCGUUCGGUCUUUGAAGCUUGACAUUUACCUCAUCCUCCCGUUUCAGAAACAUUAACACUAAACUGUCUUCAAGAGGGUUUGGAGGGUAGAAAAACGAACCACCUGACAAGAAGAAUUAUUUUCUGAGGAAACAGAGACAUU